GAAUACAGCAGCAUACAAUGAUGAUGAAACAGCAGAGAGGAGACGUGAAAUCAUUGAUGGAGAUGAGUUUGAUUAUGCUGCUUAUGCCAUCAGGCAUUUUAAGCAGCACGUCUGAUUUCAUGCGAAAGUACUACUACAUAAAUCAGAGUAUGACAUGGGCAGCAGCUCAAAGUUAUUGCAGACAAAAGCACAUUGAUCUGGCUACUAUAGACUCUAAGAAUGAUGUGAACAAGCUGAUAAAUACAGUGGAUCCUGGGUACAGUGGAUCAGUGUGGAUUGGACUGAACAGGGCAACGCAGGGUCGAUGGGUUUGGUCUAUGGGAGAUUAUACCCUUUCACAGUACAGAAACUGGUUGGCAGGAGAACCUAAUGGUGAUGGACCUUGUAUUGAUGUUACCAAAGGAUUUUGGAAUGAUUGUCCCUGCUAUAUGGCUUGGAAUUUUGUGUGCUACAAUGAAAGUGUCGGAAACAUCCUGAUAACAACUCCAAAAAACUGGAAUGAUGCUCUGAGUUACUGCAGAAAGUAUCACACUGACCUGGCCACUGCCCGCAACUCUGUGGAGCAGAACCAGCUAAAUAAUGUUUCUGGAAGUGGACCAUGGGCCUGGAUCGGUCUGUUCUUUGACUCUUGGCAGUGGUCUGACCAAAGGAGUUUCUACUUUAGAUACUGGGCAGCAGGACAACCAACAACUGGUGACUGUGUUGCCAUGUCAACAACUGACUCUGGGAAAUGGGCUACUUACAGCUGUGUUCAAUCACGGCCUUUUAUCUGCUAUGAUGUAUAUCAAAAACAGGUUAUCAGAUUAAACUUGUCCUGUGGUGGAAAAUGCAAUAUGGAUGAUCCUUCACUACAGGCUGUCAUUCUGAACGAGGAACAGAAACGAAACCAGAAACUUCCGGUCGUCGUUGACUCAUCGGAGAAAUGA